AUGCGUCAUCAACUCGUCAAGUUCUGUGCGGUUGUUGCUGUCCAUCUAGUGGCUGUUGGUGCGCAUGACGGGUCACCUAAUGUCAUCACCAAGUCAGCUCGUGCACUUCAACUUGGUCAAGGAACUAAGCACUUGAGAACUCACAGGUCCACACAAGACGACAAACAAGAGCGAGGCAACAAUGUUAUUGCUACUGAAGUGAGCUCGCUCAAGGAAAAGAUCGAAAGUGCCCCAUCACCAGGGGAGGGAGACUCCACUAAUAUUUUGAAACGGAUUGACGAGUGGUUGCUUGCUGACGAAGAUAACGGGAAGAAGGUAAGCCAAAAAGAUUUGGACGCCCACGUGGAUACUUUAAGAGAAGUCUUACACGGUCCCCCCGCGCUCGCUGAGUCCUCUGAGCCCACGCUCGCUGGACCCUCUCAGCCUACGCUCGCUGAGCCCUCUGAGCCCACGCUCGCUGAGUCCUCUGAGCCCACGCUCGCUGAGUCCUCUGAGCCUACGCUCGCUGAGCCCUCUCUGCCCACGCUCGCUGAGUCCUCUGAGCCCACGCUCGCUGGACCCUCUCAGCCUACGCUCGCUGAGCCCUCUCUGCCCACGCUCGCUGGACCCUCUCAGCCUACGCUCGCUGAGCCCUCUGAGCCCACGCUCGCUGAGUCCUCUGAGCCCACGCUCGCUGAGUCCUCUGAGCCUACGCUCGCUGAGCCCUCUCUGCCCACGCUCGCUGAGUCCUCUGAGCCCACGCUCGCUGGACCCUCUCAGCCUACGCUCGCUGAGCCCUCUCUGCCCACGCUCGCUGGACCCUCUCAGCCUACGCUCGCUGAGCCCUCUGAGCCCACGCUCGCUGAGUCCUCUGAGCCCACGCUCGCUGAGUCCUCUGAGCCUACGCUCGCUGAGCCCUCUUGCCCACGCUCGCUGAGUCCUCUGAGCCCACGCUCGCUGGACCCUCUCAGCCUACGCUCGCUGAGCCCUCUCUGCCCACGCUCGCUGAGCCCUCUCUGCCCACGCUCGCUGAGCCCUCUCACUCCACGCUCACUGAGCCCUCUCACUCCACGCUCACUGAGCCUUCUCACUUUACGCUCACUGAACCCGCUCAACUCGCUUUACCCGACAAAAGGGAAACGCCCCAUUACAGUUCUUAGAUUAUUAAAUCUUGACGAAGCAAGAGAUGAUUUUCUUGAACGGACGAAGGCGCUUAGGUGGAUUGUAUACUUGAACAACUUCAACAACAAGCACCCCAAAAACCCGACAACUGUGAUUGCUGCUUUGAAGGAGGUGGGGUUUGACGAAGAAACUUUGGUAGCAAUGAUAUUUUCAUGGGAUAUGCGCCAAAAAAACGUCAUAAAGCGUGUGGAAAAUUUGCAGCAAGUAUUCCCGGUGAGUACGAGAAAGCAAAUAGAAGAGGCGCUGCUGUUGGACCAGGAAGACGCCAGAACACAAAUAAUACAGGAGCUGAAAGAAUUUUGGCUAAGUAGCGACUAUUUGCCCGCUCAUGUCCGCAAUCUGCUCGGUCUUUCGCCAGACCUACAACUGACCGGUUACGAUUUCUCUCGCGUCGCUGUUUUGGCAGACUAUGUGAGGUUUUGGAAUAAGAUGAGAUAUAUGAAAGUAAAUCUUCUUCCGACAUUACGCUCGGUAUAUACAAUGGAUCAGAUAAAAGAAUUGGCGGAGAAGGCAGGCGACAAGCAUAGUGACUUGGCCAAUGCACUAAAACGUGACUUGGACUAUACGAAAAAAACUACUUUUCGGUUUCCUCUGGAAAGUUCAAGACAAAAGCGAAAAAGGGAUACGUAG